CGACAAUCAGGUGCGGCUCGAUGACGACAUUCCAGGAACGGUGGCACUUGGAUCCCUCGGUCGGCAUCCUCAACGUCUGCGCCUAUGCUACUUCUGCCUUUGCAUCGAUCGCUUUCAUCGUUUUCGUCAAUACGACCCAACCAGCAGUACUGCAAGAAAUAGUAGGCAUCAAAGACAAUCUAGCCAAUAUCAACGGCAACCUUCUCGUUGCAGAUGAAUUGCUCGCUCUCAUCGCCGUAUUGCUCUUUGGAGCCAUCGCCGAUAGAGUGACUCCUCGACCCGUCGCAGUCUCGGGACACUAUCUCAUCGCGCUAUCUUUGCCCAUCUUUGUGAGCAGCAAGCGUGCGUUUCCAGACAUGCUCGCCGCCAGAUUGGUCUACGCUCUCGGAUCGGCGGCAUUGACGACGAUGCUAACUGCUGUUCUGGCAUCGAUGACCGCCGUGACGGUAGCGCAACCGAUGCCAGCAGAGCGACAGCCGCUCUUGCAAGAAGAAAACGCAGUCAACAAGCUCGCUCAGGCUGUACCAGAGCCGCCCAAUGCGACGCGACUGGCGGGUUGCGUGGGAAUGGCCACAGGCUUGGGCGCAGUCACAUCUGUCUUUGUACUCGUCAGGCUUCCCUCGCACUUUACGCAACACUCUAUCGCCUCUGCAAUCCGGCUCUCCUACUAUAUUGUGGCAAUCGCUGCUCUCUGCGAGGGUACUUUCCUCAUCUACGGCCUCAAGAGGAAAACAGCCUCACCCGUCAAGACUGUCGCUCGGCCUUUCAACCCCCGUCACGACCUACAGACGGGCUUCAAAUUACUCGCAAGCGAUGCCAACGUAGCUCUCGCCUGUCUUUCCGGCUUUGCAGCUCGGAGCCAGACCAUUCUCGUCUCUGCAAUGAUCCCUGUUUUGAUCCUACAGUACUCCCGGCAGGACGAUUGUCAGCCUGCUAGCGUGCCCGGCGAUAGACCAAAGUGCCCCUCUGCUCUGGUCCUGACGGCUCAGAUAACAGGCACAGCUCAACUAUGCGGUCUCAUCGCGGCACCCCUCGUAGGUUUUCUCGGCGGUCGGCUACGACUGCGAGCGCGUCACCGUCUUCUGGCUUGCGCCUUUGCUUUGGGCGCAACAGGUUCGUUGUGCUUCGCGCUGAUGCCCAAAGGGAAUGCUCGCUAUCCCAGCGUAUGGCCAGGAGCAGUCCUUCUCGGUCUCUCGCAAGUCAGCGGCAUCGUGCUCAGCUUGGCGCUCUGCGCAUCGGCCCGAUCGCAUCUCAAAGCUAAAGACAACGAAGAGCUUGCUGGCCGUAUCGCGGGUGUCUACUCGCUCAGUGGUGGUCUGGGGAUACUGCUCCUGUCCAAGCUGGCUGCUUCCUUUGCAGACAAGACGCCUAGCUUUCCGUUCUUCCUCAUGGUCGGUAUAGACUCAGUCACGGCACUGGCGGCGCUCUUUGUCUCGUUUCGCUCAUAG